UUGUGUUGCUUCCUCUAUGCUUUUUUUGAUUUGCCUUUCUCCUUCCUUCAACCACUCAUAUAAAAGGAAACAUUCCUCCCCAAAACAAAAUCAACUCCGUUCCCAAUUUAUCAGAUCUUAUAUAUCCAAACCAACUCAACUAAUUAAGCAAGAUGGAGAACUUUGAAAGUCCACGUACAGCUCGGAAAAGAUUGAUCAAAGAGCUUAUACAAGGCAAAGAAUUUGUAGUACAACUUCAAACUCUACUUCAACAACCUCUUGCUGGAGAUCAUCAACCAGGCUCGGCUCAUGACCUUAUUCUCAAAAUUUGGGCCUCUUUUACUGAUGCUCUUUCGGAACUCACAGCUUUUCCCCGCUCCAAAGGGCUAUUCCAGAUCCCUGAGGCUGCUGACAACCUAGGGUCCAAGGACUUUGGCAGCGAGUUCAGGAAGGACAAGCUGCAAGUGACAAAGAACCGGAGUGGAGGUUGCUACAGGAGAAGAAAGAACUCAGAGUCGUGGAUGAUGAGAGAGUCUGCAAAAAAGGAAGAUGAAUAUGAGUGGAGGAAAUACGGACAUAAGGUUAUACUUAAUUCAAAAUAUCCAAGGUGCUACUAUCGGUGCACUUACAAGUAUGAUCAAGAAGGCCAGGCCACUAAACGAAUUCAAAGAAUCAAAGAGGACCCUAUAAUUUACCAAACCACAUAUUUUGGCCAUCACAUUUGCAAACGUUCACAAAAGGAGCCACAGUGCCAGAUUACGAUUACUCCAGAAUCUAGCGGCCUCAUGCGUGAAUACCCUCCUUUUGAAGCAAAUCCAAAAGUUCCUUGUAAAAACGAUCAGCCCCCUUCCUCUGAUAAUCCCACGACGAAAGAAGAAGAAGAGUCAAAGGAACAAACUGAUUCUAAUAUUUGGAAGGAUUUCAUGGUGUCUUCUCCUUCGGUUCCUGCUAUAAUGGCAGCUGAUGAUAUUUCUACCAGCUUACAUGGUUUGGAUAUAGACGGCAUAUUCGGUGAUUUUCACUUUGCCGCCGCCACAGAGUUUUCUUGAUCGUUCCUAAUGGCUUGUGAUGAAAUCUGUCCCUUUGUUUCUUUCAAUGAAAUGAAAAUUCAUAAUCCCUUCCAUUUUCAUUGUCUUUUUUUAAUGAUUAAUUUACUAAAUAAGUAAUUAGGAAUAAUUUGAAAUGCAUGU